AUGGCCACCCAGCACUCGCGGCGGUUCUUACGACCUCUCUUGUAUACUUCAGCCGCUCUCGUAACAGGUGCUGGCGUUCUCUAUAUCUCGUAUCGUCCACGCACCAUCCCCGGCUCUGAACCGGCAGUUGUUCCUCCUCCAGAAUAUCAUUCGGGGAAACUGGUACCGCCUAACUUUCCACGCAUCAAAUCCCGGGGAGAACAGAUUGCGGACCUCUGGCGAAGUGCUGCAGAUGCAGCAAGUGGGCAACAAGAAGAGCCAUAUGAUCUGCUCGUUAUUGGGGGAGGUGCCACUGGCUCGGGAAUAGCCCUAGAUGCAGCCACGCGAGGCCUCAAGGUUGCAUUGGUCGAGAGAGAUGACUUCAGUGCAGGAACCAGCAGCAAAAGCACCAAGUUGGUCCACGGUGGUGUUCGCUACUUGGAGAAGGCUGUUUGGGAGAUGGAUUAUAAGCAGUAUGCGCUGGUGAAAGAAGCUCUUCGCGAGCGUAAAUACUUCCUAGACACCGCACCGCAUCUCUCUAUGUGGCUUCCAAUCAUGGUUCCUGUGCAAAAAUGGUGGCAGGCUCCAUACUUUUGGGCGGGCUGCAAGUUUUACGAUUACUUAGCCGGGUCAGAAGGCAUUGAAAGCUCAUACUUUUUGACGCAUAGCAAGGCCUUGGAUGCCUUUCCAAUGCUUAAAAAAGACAAUCUUUUUGGUGCUGUGGUCUACUACGAUGGCGCACAUAAUGAUUCCCGGAUGAAUGUUUCGCUAGCAAUGACAGCUGCUUUAUACGGAAGUACUGUGGUCAAUCACCUCGAGGUCACUGGCUUGACCAAAGACUCAUCUGGCAAACUUAGUGGGGCUCGCGUCAAAGAUCUCAUCGCCGAAAAGAAUGGCGAGGGCGGCAAAGAGUUCUCUAUUAGAGCCAGGGGCAUUAUCAAUGCCACUGGUCCAUUUUCUGAUUCGAUCCGGAAAAUGGACGACUCUAGCGUGAAGGAAAUUGUAGCCCCUAGCUCAGGAGUCCACGUUAUAUUACCAGGUUAUUACAGCCCUUCCAACAUGGGACUUAUCGACCCUUCCACUUCUGAUGGUCGUGUUAUAUUCUUCCUUCCAUGGCAAGGCAAUACUAUCGCCGGAACCACCGAUCGGGCGACGGAGAUCACUGCCCAGCCCCAUCCGAAUGAACAAGAUAUUGAGUGGAUCCUCUCUGAAGUUAGUGGCUAUCUAGCCCCUGAUAUCAAUGUGCGUCGAGAAGACGUCCUAGCAGCAUGGGCAGGAAUUCGGCCGUUAGUUCGGGAUCCGACGGCGAAAAACACGGAAUCUCUUGUUCGAAACCAUCUGAUUACCAUGUCGCAGUCAGGUCUUCUAACUUGUGCUGGAGGAAAGUGGACAACCUAUCGCCAGAUGGCGGAAGAAGCGGUAGACGAAGCCAUCAAAGCCUUCAGCCUUCAGCCUCGACGAACAGAGUAUGUUCCAGAUGUCAGUGGCACUGGCCUUAAGACGGACAAUUUCAACCUCGACGGCUCUUGUCAAACCCAUCAAAUCCGCCUUGUUGGUGCUCAUGGAUAUUCCAAGACCCUGUUUAUCAAUCUUAUUCAGCAUUUUGGUCUCGAAACGGACGUUGCAAAACAUUUGACAGGCUCAUAUGGGGACCGGGCCUGGCAAGUGGCAGCGUUGUCUUCACCAACCUUCUCCCGGUUUCCAAUUCGUGGUAAGCGGAUUUCGAAGUUGUACCCAUUCAUUGACGGAGAGGUUCGAUAUGCCGUAAGACAUGAAUAUGCUGAAACAGCCGUCGACGUCAUCGCUCGUCGGACUCGACUCGCCUUUCUGAAUGCGCAGGCAGCUCUGGAAGCACUACCAGGUGUCAUCGACUUGAUGGCCGAAGAACUGAAAUGGGAUGAAAAGAGAAAGGACGUUGAGUGGACAGAUUCGGUGACCUAUCUGGCGUCUAUGGGUCUUCCGGCAAAUCUCCAAAAAUUGACAAGAAAGGAGGUGGAAAGCGGGAAAUCACUGUCUUUCGGCGAUGUAAACAGCACCAAGUUUUCGGGAAUUGAUGGGCCCGCCGAAAUUCUCGAGAGCGACCGUUCCCUGAGAACAUUUGCCAGGCAAGACCCAGGUGUGCACUCCGACUCUCCAGUGAAUAAAUGA